AUGCAUUCUUUGUUCAAGGAGGAUUACUCGGUGACGAAGGAGGCGUCUGAGCCCGAGGCAGACGAGAGCAUUGAUGUGAAUAUGGCUGGGCUGUCGCUGACGUCGUCGAUGGGCGAUGGGUCUGCGUUGCACAUAUCAAGUCCCGGGCCUUCUAAUGCUACUGUGCAGACGAUCAAACGGGAGGUUACGCACGGGGACGAGUCUCCUCAGGGUGAUUCGGAUGAUAUAAAUGCGCAGCAUAGCAGGGCGAUGAGUGAGCACAGGCCCAGCAUAGUUGCUUUGAAGAUGUCUUUGAAGGAAGUUGCUGAGGCAGCGGCGGCGAAGCGUAAGAACCUGCCUUUCCGGACAAUAAAUAAUGUGAUGGACUCUCAGCGGAGUUCCAUUUCGUCGUCCAGGGAUGAAAUAUUUGUGGAUGCUAGUCCGUCGCCAGUUGUGACACGAACAGCCUCAAUUGAUAUUCCGCGCUCUGAAGAUGGGAGACGUUCUAGUAAUAGGCUGGUGAACUCUAAGCCGUACCUGUACAACUAUGAACCGUCGGGUGUUCCUGUUGGCGACCCUGAUGGAGGCAUGUUGCAAGGCACAGACGUUGUGCUGAAUCAGGAGUUGUUGGAACAAGCUCUCAAACGUGAUAUGAAGAGGAAAAGGGCGGACACCAUGCAAUCUUCUACUGUGGAACUAAAUAAGAAGGUCGAUACCAAUACUUCGAAGAACAGUAACCAUACUGAAAUAAUGAAAAACCCACCUGAAACUGCGGAGCCAACGUCUGCCACUGCUGCAAUGAUGAUGAGAUUAUAUGGGGAUCGUACUUUGCUGAACCAACAGAUUACGAAACAAAAGGAAGAUGAGAAUAAAUACAGUCAUACUAUUACUAAUGCUGCUUACAAGAAGCUGAAACCAUUUUCUGGAGUGAAACGAAAGAUACUAUCCAAUCCAAAUUUAAACUUACAACCAUUAGAACCAAUUAGACCAAAUGAGCCUCCUACAUCAGGUCAAAGAACUCCUAAUAAUAGCGCCCAUGUACAUAGUGAAAGCCCUUCCCCUGAUCGUACAAACGUAAUACUGAAAUGGAGGGAUUCUCAAAAUCAAUCCAAUAAUAAGGAACUUAAAGUUUAUCUUGUUAGUAAUGAAAUAUGCGCUUCCUUGAAAAAUGAUGACAAACUCUUCGCAGAGGGUAAGCUACUAGCUACUGAUAAUUCUCAAUUCAAUAAGAUUCCUUUAAGUUAUGACUCACACAAUAAUGAAUGGUAUGUUCCUGAUUUAUAUUUACCUCAGGGUAUUUACCGACUGCAAUUCUUGGUUAACGGUAACCUGGUGCAUUCUGAUUUCUUACCAACAGCUACUGAUGAUCAGGGAAACAUUAUGAACUGGUUUGAGGUCUUGAGGGGUUAUGAUCGAAUUGAACCGUAUAGAGAUGAAUCCGAGAUUCAAAGUGAUUAUACAAGUUCUGUGGAUACAACAUUAGAAGGUAUGGAAAACAAUGGUUUUCAGGGCAGUUCGGACAAUAGUACCACAAGUAUGAGAAACAAUAAUCCCGUGGCUCUAAAUCUACAGGCACCUGCUCCCAGCAAGGCACAAGCGUCGCGCAACUCUUCAUAUUAUUCAGCAAAGAGCUUUGAAAAGUCUAUAACCCAAUUUUCCGACUAUACUGGUGUUAGUAGAACUAACUCCAUGGUCAGUGCGGUUAGUCCAAUUAAUAAUGCGAAUACUCGUGAUAACGAUUUGGAGUUCUUUCCUCCUAUAAAACCCAAGGUUUAUGAAUAUUCAAACAAUAUUCCAGCCCUUUUCAGAAUAUCCUGUGACAUGGAAGAUGUGGAUGAUGAUAAUGGUACCGAAAAUAACCCACGAGCAUUUUAUGAUCGCCCUAGCUUUACUAAUAGAGUUGUGGAUUGUAAUCAGGAUGCUCUAUUUGGUGAUUUGCAGAAGGGGGGGAAAAUGGAUGCUGAAGAAGCUGAGAAUCUAUUCUUGAAGAAAUACCAGGUUCCAGAUUUACCGGUAUAUCUAAACUCUACUUAUCUGAACAAAAUAUUUCAUGAAUUCCAUCAAGUGGCAGGCCCAUCAACUCAGGACUCUAGCAUCAAUCAUAUCAUACCUCAUGUGAAUUUGAAGCACUUACUAACGAGCAGUAUCAGAGAUGGUAUUGUUAGUGUAGCAUGUACUACUAGAUAUGCUGGUAAGUUUAUAACACAAGUUAUAUACGCUCCUUGUGGGAAUGAUCAGCUAGAGAGUAAAGAAUAA